ACAUAGCAUAUACACAACACACACAUGUGCAAGAGAAAAUCUCUGAACAGUAAGUGAGUAUUGAAAGAGUGUGGUUACAGCUACCUGUAGCUGAUCUCUCUAGCUUGCUCUACUAGUAACUGUUGCCUGUUCUAGUGUAGCUAUUGAUUUUCCAACUGUGCAUCUGCAGCAUGGGGGCCCUAGCAAGCUCACUUCCUGCUCCAGUGAAGAAAUACCAUGACCGUCUGUGUGCUGCUUACAGCAAUGUGCAGUUCUGCAUUGAGGAGACCAAUGUAGAGAAAGAACGAAUCUUGCAAAUGGAUGAGCUUUAUGCUGAUCUCCAUGUAGUGUCGAAGCAGAAGUUAAACACUAGGAUGCGUGAAGCAGAGAGACUUGGCACAACUGCAGGCAAUGAGCAGCUGGCUCAUUCAUUUGCGUCUGAAGCUAGGAAGCUGCGCAAGAUGAAACUUGCCGAAAUCCUCACUGUCAAGAAAGCCAUGCGAAAACGCAUGCGUGGGAACACGUUCCGCACCAUUGCUUUCUCAUCAGCUGGAGCUGGCAAAACCAUGCUCUUCACCAAGAAGGGUCCGUAUGAAUGGGCAAGAGGGCAUAUCUGGCCACACAUCGCUGUCCUGCGUGCACUGGAGCUGCGCUUGGCAGAAGUGCGCAAUAUCACAAGCAUUGCUGAGCUGCUGGAUUUGCAGAAUUACGGCAUCACAACAGAAGGUGAGCAGGCUAAGGUCAUUGAUUUUGUUUGCAAUCAUCCUGAGUCUGUUUGUAUCAUUCUCGACGGCCUCGACGAGAUAAAGCUCGCUGACUGCAGCAAGUUCAUGAUCGACGUCAUCCGUGGCAAAGAAUUGCCGGGAAUCAACCUGAUCAUCACAUCACGCCAUUCAGCAGAAGCAAUGAAGCUGACGCAAAGCCGCGAGAUAGUCUUCCAUCGUCGUCUGGAACUGCUGGGUUUUGAGAAGCAGGGUUUGGAGCACUACAUUCACAAUGUCCUGUCUCCAGACGAUGCAGCCAAGUUGCUAGCAGAGCUUCGCACCAACCCGCAGCUGGCCACAAUGAUGCGCACGCCGUUUUUCGCCCAUGCAACCUGCAGCCUCUACCGACACAACCAUCGUCUGCCAAACACGCCAUCUGCAAUCUUCAACUCGCUGAUCCUUCAUAUACUGAGCCAGCGGAAAUCAAAGCCAGCGCAUGAUGAUGAGCAAUACACCGAUUGGGACGAUGUUCCCGAUGACGUGCAGGAAAAUCUACACGAUCUCUCCAGGUUCGCUUUCAACAUGCUCAUCCGACGGAAAGUCGUCUUCACCGAUGCCGAUUUCAAAAUGUUUUCACUGUCAUCGGCAUCUCGCACACUUGGCAUGCUCAUCGCCUGCGACACGGCAUCACCACAGUCCAGGGCUCAGUGGCGUUUCAGCCACCUAGCACUUCAGGAAGCUCUAGCAUCUCGCUACAUCGCUAGCCACAGUCCGAGUGCAGCUGACGUCGCCUGGCUUGUGCAACGCCUUGGAGCAUUCACAGGCAGCCUCAACAUGUUUUGGCGCUUACUGGCCACUGAGCUGGACAGUGAAUCUGUCAAUGUGUUGAUUGAAGCCAUUGGAAAUCCGCAGUCCAAAUCGUCUACUCAGCCACAGAAUACCGACCAGCAUUCCACAGGAGCAGAGGGGCACAACGUCACGUGUUUUCUCUUCACAACGCAAGACCACAUCAUGAAAUGGGCCGACCACGUUUCCUCCUUUCUCUCGCUGGACGAAGCAGAGCAUCUUGCAGAAGAAUUGCUGGCUGGCAGGAUCGACCUGGAGUCUGCUUCGGAAGUGGUCCGCCGCAAGAUUGACCCAGCCGUCACCAAAAUCACCUGCCAGGUUUUCGUUCGUUCAUUGCUAACCACCUGGACGGAUCGCGUCCCGAGUGCCAGUUCGCAAAUUCUGCACGACUGCCUGGCCAACGAGGCACAAGGAUCGGCCAUUCGAUGCUUCACCGUCACUCCCACGUGCCAGCUACCUCCAGUUCCUCCAUCCGACGAAGCAGCCCAGCCAUCCGCAGCCCAGGACAGCGUCAGUGCAGCCGAACGAAAGCAACGAGUCCUCUACGCCUUCCGGGUCUUCUCGGAGCAUGUCAACGCCAAGCAAAGCAGCAUCGAAGACAUCCCCAGCAUGCAAGCCAUCAUCAAGCAGUACGGAGUAGAUUUCGACCAGGUUCCUCUGACAGCCUCCGAUUGCCAGGCCAUCAACGCAGUCAUGAUUCACCACCACCAGUUCAUCACCAGCAUCAACCUGUACAACUGUGGUAUAGGUGAUACCGGGUACGCAUGCAUGGCUGAUGGCAUGGCUCUACUACGCAAUCUUACGUACAUCCACCUGACACUGAACAACCUAACAGAUCGUCACACGGCCCAUAUCGCAGCGUGUAUCGCAUCCAACACGUCAACACUGCGAACACUCUACACAGCCGGGAACCUGUUCAGCAGCAAUGCUAUGGCCACCGUCCACAGCAACACACACCGCUGUACGCGACUGCUGACAGUGGACCUUGGAGGUCAAAAGUGCACCGAUCCAGCAGUCAACCUUGACGUCAUCACCACAGUCUGCAGCAGCUGCCCAGAUCUCCAGUCCGUCGGUCUCAUUGACUGCGUACUGGAUAUGGAAAGUCUAACCCAGCUAGCAGCAUUGUUAGGAGCACUGAGGCUGAGUGAGAGUGCUGUGGCUGCGCAAGGUUGGGAUGAAGCAGAACUCGGCUACGAUCGUCAGUAGAAUCAUUCAACAGCAACACGAGAGUUUGGAGAUCCUCUCGCUCAAGCGCAAUGAGCUAACUGGAGAUUUCCUCGAAACCGUUCGUGGUGAGCUGAGCCAGUGCCGACGCCUAGAGGAGCUGUGGCUGGAGGACGACUGCCUCUCGUCGGGAGCUCUGCCAGUGCUUGCGUCCCUACUGCCCAGUCUGCCCAAGCUCUCCGUGCUCAAAGUGGCGAGGAAUGAUUUCCGAGAUGCUGACGACGAAGCAAAGCCGUUCGCCACCGCUGUCGAGAGCUGCUCGUCUCUGAAGGAGCUGCAGAUGCCUGAAAUAGCUCUAGUGUCUCCAAUGCUGCGUGAGGCUCUAAGUGCCAUGGCCAGAGAUGAUCUGAAAGUGCAGUAUGUGCGAGUUCGCUACUACGACGAAGUGGAGAAUGGCGAAGAAGAAGAAGAAGACGAGUACGACGAUGAAGGAGAUAGCGAGAGUGAGGAAUGAGGAGGUGAGAGAAUAAACACAGACGGAUUUUUGUCCUGAUGAAGAAAGCUUCGUGUUUGGUCUAUUGCUUCCUCCUAGCAUACAAUCCGUCUGUGUAUGUUCUGUGGAGUGAACGUGCGUAUGUGUGUGUGCAUUCGUGGUAGUGCUUCUGCGUGUGCGUGUUUAUACGUGCAUGUCUGUGUAUAUACGUGAGCUUGUGUGUGUGUAUGUGUGUUUGUACGUUUGUGUUUCGACUGGACAUUCCUUCCUUUUUUCAGUCAAUCGGAAUAUUCACUGCGUUGACCUUUGACCUUUAGACUUUGGACCCUUUUAUUGGAUGUUUUCCUUUCUUCAUUUUUUUUUUCGAUUAUUGUGGACUGUCGCUGAGAGAAUUUACAUCAUUGAACUAUUCGUUUUUGCUGAUGUGGUUUUAGUUGAUAUGUGUGAUCAUUUCUUUGCAUGCACAUGUACAUAUACAUUGUAUGUGUGUUUGUAUGUUUGGAGAUUGUUUAGUGAAUUUUGUUUAAAUGUUUCUUGUAUAGAGUGAGUAGAAAUGAGAGAAUAGAAAGCACAGAUGAAAAUGAUCAUUGAGAACUAAUAUUCAUAGCAUCAUCACCUUGCCACUCACAUAGUUCAUACUUGUGCAUAGUGCAAUGUCUUUACUGGUCGCAGGUUUCUUGGCAAGUCUUUGCAUCUAGAAUACUUUGAUAACCGCAAUCAAUAAUACUGGUGUAAUUUUUUUGCAAUUCAAUACUUUCACCUUCUGUGAGAUUAGUACUCUAUGAUGAGAGUUCUUCAA